AUGAGCCCUCAUUCGGAUGAUGAUGAUUUUCCUGCAAAAGAAGAGGAUGAAGUGUCCAUUCCUCGGGCUUCGCUUAAUAAGUUUGUCAAGGAAGUAUUGCCAGAUGCGCGGCUAACUACAGAAACUCGUGAUCUUCUCCUAAACUGCUGUCAUUGUUUUAUUCACAAAUUGGCUACGGAAGCUAAUAUUGCAUGUUCUAAAGCUAAUAAAAAGACAAUCAGUCCGCAGCAUAUACUUGAGGGUCUGGAUGCCAUGAACUUAUCUUCUUAUAAAGAACAUGCUGAGGUGGCUUGUCAGGAAGCUAAAGAAGAAAUCAAAGGUCGAAAAAUGCUUAGUGCUAGUUAUCGGUUUAAACACCAGGACAGUGAAGAGUUGGAAAGACUGGCUAAAGAACAACAAGAGAUUUUCGAACAGGCUAGGGCUGAUUUCAUUGGGGAACGGUUAGACAGAGAAGACUUGUUGGCAGCUUCAAAUUGUGCUGCAUCAGACCUUAGUAACUACAUGACCGGACAUGGAUCAUCACAAUCUUCUAAUUAUCCAGAUGCUAACUCUGGAGAUAUCAAUACAGCAACUGAAUCAUCUACUUUGCCUACAGCUACUGGAUCCGGACGAAUUUUGGGCUCUUCAGUCAUUGGAGAUGACGAUAAUUAUGACGAGUAA